AUGAGGAAAGUAAGUAGAGCUCAAUGUGCUAACUGUACAUGUUCGCCAGGAUUAUUAUCCCGUACGCACAAAAGAUCUGUAAGUCUUGCGAAGCAAGUUUCUAUGAGAAAUAGUGGAUCGGGGUCACCAAGAGGAGCAUCGAGAAAGGGGUCAGUUUUCACGAUAGAUGCUGCCAGUUUAUGUGCUCCAGAUGCUAAGGAAGUCAAUACAUCGAAACGGUUGGAAAAAUUGAGGUUGUUGAUGGCGGAAUACGAUUUAGGGGUAUACGUAGUGCCAUCGGAGGACCAGCACCAAUCGGAGUACGUUUCUGCGUUUGAUCAGAAGAGAAGUUUCAUUUCGGGGUUCCAAGGAAGUGCCGGGGUGGCAGUGGUCACCAGGGACGUGAUGUGUAUGAAUGAGACCCCUGAGGGACUUGCAGCUGUGUCGACGGACGGGAGGUAUUUCAACCAGGCGACAAACGAAUUAGACUUUAAUUGGGUCUUGUUGAAACAGGGGGUCAAGAGUGAGCCUACGUGGCAAGAGUGGAGUGUAGACCAGGCGAUUCAAUUAUCGUUAGACUCGGGAAGCAAAAUAAACAUCGGGGUGGACCCUAAAUUGAUCACAUACCAAGUGUUUGAGAAGUUCGAUAAGGUGGUUAGAGACAAGCUCUCUCUGCCCAAGAACACCAAAGCAGAGGUGGAACUUGUGGCGGUUAAGGACAAUUUGAUUGAAAAGAUGUGGAUCGACUUCGAGGACUUACCCAGUUCACCGGCCAGUAUUAUCAAGGUAUUGGAUGAAAAGUAUACGGGAAGAACAUAUAGUGACAAAAUUAAAGACGUUACUGAGGCCAUGAAUAAGCACAAAUGUGUCGGAUUGGUUGUUUCAGCAUUGGACGAAAUUGCAUGGUUAUUGAAUUUGAGAGGAAGUGAUAUAGAGUAUAACCCCGUUUUCUACGGUUACUUAAUCAUCACUAAUCAGCAAGUGACAUUAUUUGCUAAUAAUUAUAGAUUUGAUACAAAAGUACAGGCAGCAUUACAGGCUGACAAUGUGAAUGUGGAGCCAUACGAAAACUUUUGGACCAAGUUGAACUCUUUAUCGAAAGAUUUUAAUAUGGCCAAUAAGAAGCUUUUGGUCCCUAAGAACUCAUCAUGGGAAAUCAUCCGUAACUUGAAAUGUUCAUUUGAGCAGCCCUUGAGAUCGCCCAUAGAGGACUUAAAGGGCAUUAAGAACGAGGUCGAACUUAAGGGAGCCCGAUCCGCCCAUUUGAAAGACGGCCGUGCCCUCUGUAAGUUUUUUGCCUGGCUUGAAAAUGAAUUACUAAAUAAGGGCGAAUUGAUUGACGAGCUCCAAGCCGACGACAAAUUGACCCAGUUCAGAAUGCAAGAGGAUAACUUCGUGGGCUUAUCAUUCGCGACCAUCAGUGCCACCGGGGCCAAUGCAGCCGUGAUCCAUUACAAACCUAUCAAGGGUGAAUGUGCGGUCAUCAACCCCCACAAGAUAUAUUUAAACGACUCGGGUUCUCAAUUUUUGGAAGGAACCACCGACGUAACCAGAACCAUCCACUUCACCAACCCAAAGCCCGAUGAAAUCAAACACUACACCUUAGUCUUGAAGGGCAAUAUUUCUUUAGGCGACUUGAAGUUUCCCGAGGACACCACGGGUGCCUUGAUUGACUCAAUUGCAAGACAGCAUUUGUGGUCUGCCGGAUUGGAUUACGGUCACGGUACCUCACACGGUAUCGGAGCAUACCUCAACGUCCAUGAGGGCCCUAUUGGCAUCGGUCCAAGACCCAACGCUGCGUCGUCGUCCUUGAGACCAGGCCACUUGAUUUCCAACGAGCCGGGCUACUAUGAAGACGGUGACUACGGUAUCAGAAUCGAAAACGUCAUGUACGUCAAGCAGUCUGGUCAUUCCUACAACGAAAGAGACUUUUUGGAGUUCGACACCCUCACUAGGGUCCCAUUCUGUAAAAAGCUUAUUGACAUUUCCUUGUUAACUACAGAAGAAAAGGCCUGGAUAAACAAGUAUCACCAGACCGUGUGGAACGAAUUGUCACCUUCUUUCUCUAAAACUUCUCUUGAAUACAUUUGGUUGAAGAAGGAAACCGCCCCUUUAUAG